AUGGGACUGGCCACUAGCGCCGGCUCCUGUUCCAAGGGCUUUGCCCACAUCCUAGGCUCCCGCGUCUAUGGUGCCAUCACCCCUGGUAGUGGCCUGGUGUCACCCCUGGUAGUAGCCUGGCUUCGCUUCUGCACCUACAAGGCAUCGCCCAACCUGGCACCACUCUACGCCUGCAUGGCUUGGCCAAUGUACCUUGCUUGGCACCCUCCUACCUCGCACUCACCUCCCUCACCUGGCGUCUCCAUCUCGGAGUCACCCAGACUGCCUGCUCAACUGGCCCAUUGCGUUGGUGUCACCUCCUACUCCAAGGGCAUCUAUCAUGGAUUCCCUAAGUGA